UUAGCAAUUCGGUUUGUCUCCACUCCUCGCAAGUUUACAUGCUGGAUGUACAUUAAAUAAAGAGCUGCAAAAAUUACAAUUUAUAAAAACUUGUUACUAUUCUUAUUAUCUUGCAAUUGUCUAUUCAGCAGUAAUAUGGAAGGUUCUUACAAAAAAAAUCUGCUCCAGACCUUCAUCACCGAUUCGAAUGAAGCCCUAGAUUUAAAGUUGGUUCGGGAACCUUUUGAUGUUGAGAAUGAUGAAACUACUUUUAAGCCAGAAAUGUCUCAUCAGAUCUUUGGAGAAAAUGAAAGCAUAUUUGGAUACCAAAACCUCAAAAUUAGUUUGUACUAUACCGCAGGAAAGCUAAACACUUACCUUGGAAUUACAUACAAAGCUGAAGUGGAUCCAAAGCAGUUUGAUGGGGCAAUAGCUGAUGAUGUGAUGGGAGCGAUUUCUGCCAAAUUACCACCAGGUUAUAUGACCAACCUUGAUGACUUUGUUGCUACACUCAACAAAGAGCAGACCUUCAAACCUUUUGGUGAACUACUUUCAACAUACUCAAUCAACAAAGGUUCAGCUACGGAAAGACAUUUUCAGUUGUACAGCUGUACGAUAGAGGAAAUUGGUUUUCGGUCGUAUCACGAGCGUUUACAAACCUUCCUGUUAUGGUACGUCGAUGCUGCUAGUUUUAUCGACGUUGAUGAUGAUCGCUGGCGCUUUUAUUUAAUAUUUGAAAAAUAUCCUUGUGAUGGCGGUCACAGAUACGCCAUUUGUGGCUAUGCCACAGUUUACCUUUAUUUUGCUUAUCCCAAUAAAACUCGGCCUCGCAUUAGUCAGUUUUUGGUUUUGCCACCUUUUCAGCGGUUGGGUCUCGGAGCGGAACUUCUAAACGUUAUUUAUCGCUCCUUCCUAAAGGAUUCUAACAUACUGGAUAUUACAGUCGAAGACCCUUCUGAAGAGUUCACUCGUCUUCGCGAUUUCGUCGAUUCGCAAAAUUGCAAAAAAUUGCCGUCUUUCUCGAAAGAAAAAUUACAUCAAGGAUUUAAUGCCGAAAUGGUGGAUGAAGCUCAAAGAGAUCUGAAAAUUAAUAAAAAACAAGCAAGGCGGGUAUAUGAAAUUCUUCGUUUCCAAGCUACCAAUCUCGCUGAUUUUGAAGAGUAUCGCGCUUACCGCCUAGAUGUAAAGCGUCGCCUGAACAUUCCCUAUCAGAAAGAAGCAUCAGAUUACAAGAAGUUGCAGAAAGCUCUCAAUCCAGAAGAACUACGCUCUACCCUAUCUACAUCGACGAAAGAGCAACGGAUUGAAAAUCUAGACAAACAGUAUCAAAUGCUAGAAAACGAGUAUAGAAAUCGUAGAACGUCAUUAAGUGUAAUGGAAUCGGAUAAGGGUCUUGCCUUGUGGCUAGAAAUGUUUCACCGAUUUGGCACAGCCUUGCUACGUGGGGUCCCUACUACCAAGGGUAAAAUAAUCGAAGUAGUUAAAAGAUUCGCCUACGUUAAGGAAACAUCUUACGGAGUUACUUUUGACGUGGUAGCUGAGCCCGAUCCAGAGCAUUUGGCGUAUACAGGAACGCAUCUUCAUCACCAUACAGACAUGAACUAUCGCGAAAAAAGCCCAGGAAUGCAGCUCCUACAUUGUUUGAAAUCUACUGACAUAAAGGGCGACGGCAGCGAUCCUGGAGGGUUGUCAUUCCUGGUAGACGGCUUCCGGGCAGCGAAUUGGCUCAAAGAAAACGAACCAGCUGCCUUCCAUAUUUUGUCGGCAACUCCAGUUCGUUUUCAGAUCAGCGUUAAUGGCAUGAAAUUCUCGCAAACUUGGCCCAUAAUUUGCACCGACAACGAAGGCAAAGUGACAGAAAUUCACUAUAACAAUCGCACUAUGGGUCCGCUUCAGGCACCUACCCAUCUGAUUACACCAUUUUACCACUCAUACCAUCUAUUAACGGAGAAAAUCCGCACGGAAUCAAUGCAAUUCGCUUUCCAUUUGGCACCUGGGGACUUGCUGGCUUUUAACAAUCGAAGAGUUCUACAUGGGCGGACAUCUUUUGAUGACACUCGCGUAUCACGUCACUUAGAGGGAUGUUAUGUUGACAUUGACGAAACUAUGGCUAUUUAUGAUUUUUUGCGUAACAAGGUUUGAUAUAAAGGAACUUUUUGAACGAAGGGAAAAGAGAGGGACCACUGUUUAAUAUAAAAUACUUGAAUGAAUUAAAUGAGCUACCAUAACAUU